UUUUUACUGCCACCGUAAAUCGGCAAAAAACCUGCUCUCCCCGCUCUCAAAACAGCUUCUCAAAUUAACGCACGAAAUUACCCGCCACUACCAUCGAGCAAAACCAUCCCGCAGCGCCCCUCCCCUCGAUCCGCAGCGCUCCGUCUCGCGUCUCCGUCCCGAGCAGGCGACUCCAGGGACGGCUAGGGUUUGGUCCCCGACGGCCGGCUUCCUCCGCCCGCCGGCCGAAGGUCCCUGGAGCGCCGUCCUCCUCCACACGAGGGAAGAAGGCCAGGACCCGGAGGGCCGGCCGUCGCAGCGGCCUCCUGAAGUAGGUGGCCGAAGGUCGUCGUCGCCCAGGCCCUCAAAUCCGACGCCCACAGACCAUCCCCAAGGUUCUUUUGUUUGCGACCUCAGAAGAUUGUUGUUGGGGCGAAAUUACUCUAGGUGCUGGUGGGAAUGGCAAGUACAGCAUGCUUUGUCAUUGUCAGUAAGAAUGACAUACCGAUCUAUGAGGCAGAAGUUGGAUCCGCACCGAAAAAAGAAGAUCUGUCUUAUCACCAUCAAUUUAUCCUGCAUGCUGCGUUAGAUGUUGUUCAGGACCUAGCAUGGACCACAAAUGCAAUGUUCCUGAAGUCAGUUGAUAGAUUCAAUGACCUUGUGGUGUCUGUUUAUGUAACUGCAGGUCAUACCAGAUUCAUGUUGCUUCAUGACUCACGUAGUGAAGAUGGAAUAAAAAGCUUUUUCCAAGAGGUCCAUGAACUUUACAUCAAGAUAUUCCUCAACCCGCUUUACCUGCCUGGCUCUCGCAUCACAUCCUCUCAUUUUGAUACCAAGGUCAGGGCCCUCGCAAGGAAGUACCUGUAGUAUGCGUGCAUGGAGGUUUGUUUUAUAGAAGCAGGCAGCAUCCAUGGUUCUGGCGUCAUCUUUCCCUGUCCUCGUUGACCUUUUGAGAAAUGCUAGAAUGGGACGUUAUUGUGCAUCACACAAGUCGGAGCUUGCUGUAAUUUUUCUUGGCUUUGGCUUCUGUUGUGACGUAUGUAUCAUUUUUCAGAACCAAAUGGCAUGGCUUAUGAAUUGUAACUUUUUAGAAGUUGCUCCGGCAAUUCAAACCUGAAUGGAUUUUGUUGCACAUGGCAACAUGUUACAGGACAAAGAUAGGUCAUCUCCAUGUAAAAUGGAAGCAUUACUCUGAUUCCCUA